AUGAUGCCGCCACCUCCACCUGGACGUCCUCCACCUGUUGAUCCAAAUCAACAGGAAAAGCAGGAUCAGAAUAGCAACAUUAAUAAUAUAGUGAAGAAAUCGAUACUUAAUACGUCGUCUACAUUGCUGGCACAGUGUCAAGAGAAGAAGUUAGUGACAAUGACUCAAUGUCUGUCGUCUCCAGUAAAGCAGCAACUUGCUGAACCCACUUUUACGACUGAAAGUGUGAAGGAAGAAAACAAAAAAGCAAAAGAAGAGGAAGAUGAAAAUGUUGAUGCGUAUUUGGAUGAGUCUGAUGUGUUUGAAGAGGACGUAGAGGCUAUUUUAUUUGCUGAAGAGGAGGAAGACCGGCGCAAAGGGUACAUGGAUUGUCUGACGGAAACGCAUUUGGACAGUGCUGAAUAUCCGUAUCCAGCGUAUCUUGGCAAAUUAGCCACGUUGUUUACGGAGCGAAAUGCGUUUGGAAAAAAUCCUGAGGACUUUAUUUAUUGCAACAACCUGUUGGUUAAUCCGAGUCAGCUGCAGCUAUUAGACACUCGGACUGCUGCGCUUGAGCGAGCAAAAUGGUUGCAAGUGCGGAAAUCUGCAGCGUUUAAGGCGAAAGAGGACAAGGCAAGGAGAUGCCGGGAAAGGCUGGCAGAAGCGCUUGAACCGCCUACUAAGAAAACCAAAAUAUCAGAAGCUACAAUGAAGGCCUUAGAGUCCCAGCAAUAUGUUUAUGCGAACAGCUCAAGACCCUUGAACCAAUCGUUACGAAAGCGAGGUCGUAAAAAGCCUACUGCCACAACUACGCCAAAUCUGUCAAAUCUUUUGGAUCCAUUGGGAGGUAGCAGCAAAAAAGCAAAACUCGAGCCUUUGGCUGUACAGACAGGAAAAGAUAACGAGAAAGUAAACGGUAAGCUCGUUGCUGAUUCUGUUGUGUAUAAGAAGACGGCUUCAGGGCGUAGCCGUGCGAAGAAAAGCACAACGCAUGCAACUUCGGUAACAUUGAAGGCUGCUGGUGCGCCAUCAACUAACGGUGCGAAGAAGGAGCAGGUGAAGCAAAAGGUAAUGCUUGCUGGUCUCAAGAAAGCCCAAGUACAUGCUGAAAUCGAUAAGAAUUGUUUGGAGGUGGACAUUGACCGUGGCAAUGAAAGCUCAUCGUCUUCGUCGUCAUCAUCUUCGUCUUCUUCAUCAUCGUCGUCCUCCUCAUCGUCAUCGUCGUUGUCAUCGCGCGUGUCAGUAAUAUCCAGUAGCUCAAUUGACGAUGACUCAGCAAGGUAA